UUCUUUUUAUUAUUUUAUUGUAAGCAAAGCAAGAAAUGAUAAUGGGUGCAGUCCGAACAUGUUGUCUAUACUCCCCUGAAAUGCGUCUCCUCCGCUCUGCUCCCUCGUUCAAGCUCCCUCGCUGCCGCCGCUUCUUCACCACCACCGCCGCUCUGAAGGAGAAGGAGAAAGUCAUAGUCAUAUCUGGCCCCACCGGCGCCGGCAAAACCAGACUCGCUUUGGAGCUCGCCAAGCGCAUCAAUGGCGAAAUCAUUAGUGCCGACUCCGUCCAGGUGUAUCGGGGUCUUGAUGUUGGAUCUGCCAAGCCUCCCUCAAGUGACAGAAAGGUGGUACCACAUCAUCUCAUUGACAUUUUGCACCCAUCGGAAGAGUAUUCUGUUGGACAAUUUUUUGAGGAUGCUAGGCAAGCCACGAGAACUAUUCUUGAUAAUGGCCAUGUUCCGAUAGUCACUGGUGGGACUGGUUUGUACUUGAGAUGGUUUGUAUAUGGAAAACCUGAUGUCCCCAAAGCCUCUCAGGAGGUUGCUGCUGAAGUGUACUCAGAGCUAGCUGAUUUACAGAAAACUGAAGAUUGGGAUGCGGCAGUUCAGUUGGUUGUAAAUGCAGGUGACCCUAAGGCCCAAUUUUUGGCUCACAAUGAUUGGUAUCGACUUCGACGCAGCCUUGAGAUCAUUAGGUCUAGUGGAUCUCCUCCAUCUGCAUUUCAAGUACCCUAUGAUUCUUUCCGAAAACAAAGGACUCCUGUAAUUGACGGUGCUCAUGACGCUGACUCUUCUACUGACAUUGUGGAGGAUAUUAAAUCUAAGGAAUUGGACUAUGACUUCCGUUGUUAUUUCCUCACUAGCCAAAGACUUGAUCUCUACAAAUCAAUUGAUUACCGCUGCGAGGAUAUGCUGAUGGGAGAUGAAGGACUUUUGUCCGAGGCCAGAUGGCUGCUUGAUAUAGGCCUUCUUCCAAAUUCAAAUUCAGCUACCCGAGCAAUUGGAUACAGACAAGCUAUGGAGUAUUUAUUGAUGUGUAGGGAGCAAGGUGGUGGGAGUUCUCCUAGAGAGUUUUGUUCUUUUUUAUCAGACUUCCAGAAAGCAUCUAGAAAUUUUGCAAAACGUCAAUUGACAUGGUUCCGUAAUGAGAAAAUAUACCACUGGCUUGAUGCAUCUAGACCCUUGGACAAGGUUCUUAACUUCAUUCACGAUGCAUACAACGACAAAAGUGGAGACAUUGUAGUACCCGACAGGCUUAAAAUGAAGAAAGAAACAGGUCACCGAGAAGCCUCUGAAUUAAAGGCCUAUCGAACUAGGAACAGGCAAUAUGUCAGACGCGAAGAUUGUUCUGAGAUUUUAGAGUGGAUAAGAGAAACACAAAGUGAAACAACGGCCAAAGUAUAAUCAUUUUUACUUUGAUGUGAUAUAGUAUUGGAUUAAAAACUCAUAUACUGGAACAGAGUCCAGAUUAAUUCUCUGAGCUUCAUUGACAGCAACUGAUGGCUGCUGGCCGCCCAUCAUUUUUUGAGUUCCCGCUGCGUUGAUUGUAGUUGGCAUGGGGAAUUUUAACGAGUUCAUGAUCGUAUUCUGUAACUAGGUAAAAAACCUUCUGCUAGUCAUGGAAGGUUAUGUUUAGAAAGUAGGAUUGGAUUGAAUAUAUGGUUUGAUAGUUUCUAUUAUGCAAUUUUGUUGAGAAAUUAGAAAGGAUAUGUAAAAAGUUAAUUCAAGAACCUAACUAUCCACCUAGCGUGAGAUAACUUAAUUCCAUCGAAUAAUUUGAUCUUGAUUUUCACAUUUAUCAAUGGUAAGAAACAAAGUUGCAGUUUUGUA